AUGCCUGGCCUGGAGAUCCCGGGCGAGCUCCUGCGGCAUGCUGUCCUCGAUACAAUUGUGCCUCAUGCCCCAGGGAUCGAUAUUGAGAGUGCGCUGACCUCGGCCCUCGAGGACGGAGCAGACGAUCUUCCCUCGGUGCUUUCCUCAAUCCCCCAAAGGUCGCUUCUGUUUUUUGAUGAAUUUCUUCCUACCCGUAUUGUCCUGCGACUCUCCGAUUGCACAGAUACUAUUUUGAAGCACUAUCUACCUCGUCUUGAAGUGCGAUUGGACGUCUUCGCAGUCGAUCCAGCCGAAACUGUGGCAGAUAGCCCAACUCCAACCAGGGAGGUGAUCUUCUCUGGUAUUGUGAGCACGGAUGAGGAGCCAUUGGUGAUUUUCAAUGAAUUUGAGGGCGAAGAUGGGACUGGGAACCAUGUCUACCUUAUUUGGAACAUGGAGACAUUCCUGAAGCGCCCUCGGACUCGCAUCCAAAACCCGUCGCUGUUAUUUAUCGCUUCUGCGAGCCUCAAUCCUUCUGAAACCGGCCGACAAGAAGACCCCGAAGAUGACUACCUACCUCCACUCGUGCCUGCAUCGACCAACAUGCUUCAGCCCUUGUCUGGAGAUAAAGCUCUUGUUCACAAAGAACCCUUCCUUCCUGCAUCAAGGUUGUUGCGAGUGGUGCCCACAACAUACGAUGAGGAUCCCAUAUACAACAUUCAGCAGCAACAUGGCCAUCCCUUUCGCGUGGUUCCCGCAGCCAGUGCAAGAAUUCGCUACUCGCGAUUGAACUCUUACAGCGGUCUCCCAACGACGGUUGCCAGUCUGGAUUUCGAAGUGACCCCAUUCCUGACCUGCGAGGUCUCCUUUGAUAGAGCAGACAUGGACCUGUCCGAGGGAACAAUCGAGCCUCUGUCAGAUGUCCCUGGCCUUACUCUCCCUCUAACUUGCCGACCCCGAGACGACGUGACCCUCGUGUACAAACUUACUCCUGAAUAUGGCCCCGAGACCAAUCCUUCCUCGACUGCCAUGAUGAGCUUGCUGGACAUCUCUCUAGGAGCGGUCAUUCUCCUAUCCGACGACUGCAAGCCACGCAUCUCUAUGCAAUGGCGGACCAACGUCGACUUCUCGUUGGCCCUCAACCCAACUUUUGGCGGUCCCAGCCCGGCGUUACAAAGGAGUAACCGCCCAACCAGUCUAUCUAUGCCCCAGGGCCAUUCUCAAGCAGGGCCAACACCGACCAAUCGAAGCUCUCUACGCGAGCGAGCUUAUUCGGUCACUGAUGUGGGAGUCACAAUCUCGUUCUCUGGCCCUUCUCGCGUGCAAGUUGGAUCACCAUUCUCUUGGGACGUGUUCAUUGUGAACCGCUCCAACAUCCCGCGAAAAUUUGCCCUCAUCGCCAUCCCCCGCCGGAAACGCGUAGACCCGAGGGGUCAUAUGGCCCGCCCCUCGUCAUCGUCCAUCUCAAGCCGGAAACAGGACCAUGUGGCCGAGGCUGUCACUGACGACAAUAUCGUGCAUGCGAUGCAGAAGAGUGUCGCUGGCCAAGAAGCUGAAUUGAUUAGUCUGAGCACUGAUAUUCGUGUUGGGCCCCUCUUACCUGGAACCUGCCACUCUACCGAACUCAAACUGCUUCCUCUCGCGACUGGUUCCCUGCAUCUCGAAGCGGUGCGUCUUGUGGAUGUGAAUACGAACGAAACGACCGACAUUCGAGACUUGCCGGACAUUCUGGCCGAUGACCAGCCUCGAAUAUCAGCAUGA